UAUAGUUUUUUUUUAGUGUUGUUGAUUCUUGGAUUGCUUUCACAUUAUUCAGUUCAAUCCUUGAGGUUUGAAGUGAAAUCUGGUGAAGUCAAAUGCAUCCAUGAAGACAUAAGGAAAAAUUCCAUGUCAAUAGGCAACUACAGCAUCGUCAAUCCCAACGAGGGUCAACCCUUACCUGAAUCCCACAAACUCAUCGUUCGGGUGGAUACGCCUAGUAAGAUGUCGAGUCACUUUGCAAAUCAUGUUGAGUCAGGACAGUUUAAAUUCGAGACAACGGAGGAAGGUAAUUACGUAGCAUGUUUUUGGGGUGUGGAACACCAUCCCAAGAUAACUCUCUCCGUUGAUUUUGAAUGGGGGACGGGUGUGGCAGUGGCUGCCAAAACUGGGUUCAAUAAUGUUGCUAAGAGAAGGAACGUUGAUGCAAUGACAGUAAGUUUAUUCAAUUUGGUGGAAACUGUCACUUCCAUUCAUGAAGAGAUGACUUACAUUCGAAAUCGAGAAUUUGAAGAUCUAGAGUUCACCUGGGCAACCAACACCAGAAUGGCCUGGUUGGGUUUGCUAUCAUUUUUUGUCUGCUUCUCAGUAGCAGGGUUGCAGCUAUGGCACUUGAAGACCUUUUUCGAGAAAAAGAAAAUCAUAUAAUUUUUUGUGAUAGUUUAUACACCUUUCUCAUGUGCCCCUGUAACAUAUACGGUCGCCAAUUUAUAAGGAUAUGCUAUGGGGUUCUCUAAAUUAUCUAGGACUAUUCCCUUUUUAUUAAUGGAAAAGCAG